AAAGAGAAGACGAUAAAAUCUUUCAGUUCAAGAAGAGCAAGUGACAUUAGCAUGAGAAGUUUUUUUCUCCAGCAGUUGGAUCAGAAAAUUCAAAAGAUAAAUUGAAGAUGAAGUGUGAAAUAUGCCAGUCACAAUCUUUUAAAUACUCAUGUCCAAGAGGUAACAUCGAAUACUGUUCGUUAGAUUGCUACAGAUCAG